GCAAAACGUCGUCGUCUCUAAGCAACCAAAAACGAACAUUCCAUCACUUCUUCGCACCGGAGCAUCACCGUUAUUCCCUCCCGGGAAAACCAAACCACCCAAUCUCAAUUCUCAAUUCUCAAAUCCCUAAAAUUCACAUCAAAGUUCAAAUCUUGUCCCCUUUCAUCUUCAUCACUAGAUCUCAAUCCCCAACAUUCCAAAAUGUCAGGGUUUCUACACCAAAGAUCACUCCACAACCCAUUCCAAUUUUCAAAUCCAUUUCCAUCUUCACAACCUUCUUCAACAAAUCCCAAAAAACCCCUUUCAAUUUUCAGCCCCGCAAUUCUCCUUUCACUAUUAUCCCUCAUCAUAGUACUCGGUGUUUUCUCUCCUUGGGUAGGAAUGCCUCAAAAACUCAUUUUUACUUCAAACCCUGAAGUUUCCAAAUGGGGUCGUUAUACAUUGGAUGAAGCACUCACCUUUGUGGCUAAAAAUGGGACUGUGAUUGUUUGUAUUGUUAGCCAACCUUAUUUACCUUUUCUUAAUAACUGGUUGAUUAGUAUUGCUAUGCAUAAGCGUCAUGAUAUGGUUCUUGUUAUUGCUGAAGAUUAUCCUUCACUUUAUAAAGUUAAUCAACUUUGGCCUGGUCAUGCUGUUCUUAUUCCUCCUGUGCUUGAUCUCGAAGCUUCUCAUAAGUUUGGUUCUCAGGGUUUCUUCAACUUUACAGCCAGGAGGCCAAGCCAUCUUCUGAAGAUUUUGGAGCUUGGAUACAGCGUAAUGUACAAUGAUGUUGACAUGGUUUGGUUAGGUGAUCCGUUUCCAUAUCUGCAAGGGAACCAUGAUGUGUAUUUUACAGAUGAUAUGACAGCAAUCAAACCAUUGAACCAUUCACACGAUUUACCACCACCAGGAAAAAAGGGGCGGCCUUAUAUAUGUAGUUGCAUGAUUUUCCUUCGACCUACCGAUGGAGCAAAGCUAAUUUUGAAAAAGUGGAUGGAGGAGCUUCAGAUUGAGCCAUGGUCUAGAACCAAGAAAUCUAAUGAUCAACCUGCUUUUAACUGGGCUUUAAUGAAGAAUGCUAAAGGGGUUGAUAUGUACUUGCUUCCACAGUCGGCAUUCCCUACAGGCGGAUUAUAUUUCAAGAACAAAACAUGGGUUAAGGAAACUAAAGGAAAGCAUGUAAUUAUCCAUAACAACUAUAUAGUUGGUUUUGAAAAGAAGAUAAAGCGAUUUCGUGACUAUGGUCUAUGGUUGGUGGAUGAACAUAAACAGGAGUCGCCUUUAGGUAGAUUAUGACUUAAUCAUUGUUACAAGUUUGUCAUCAGCUUAAUUUGGUCCCUCAAGGCUCAAGCAUCUGGAUUCAGAAUAUGAUUUCUGCCAAAUUGUUCAUCCUUGCUUGCUUGGUGGAUGCUUUCUGAAGAUGUUUCUGAAGAUAUUUCAACUGUUGCUGUCAACACACAUGGUUGGAUUGGAUGAAUUAUGGGCUGGGGAGAGAAAUGUGUGUUGUUUUGAAUUUUAUGAUGAAAAAAGGUGGUUAGAAAUGGGUUAUGGAUACAUUUAUAUUUAAGGGCCCAGAGAAGAAAAGGGUUGAUUUUAUUUGGUUCUUAGAGUUGUACCUGAUGAUCUACACGAUUUCUGUAGCAUAUAUAAUAAACAUUUAUCUUUGACAAGUAUUUAUGAAAUAUUUUUAUUUUA